AUGGAUUUUGUUUUUAUCUUUUUUGCUGCAGUAAUUAGUUUUUUACUUGGUUUUAUUUAUAAUAGUGUAGCCAAAUAUGUACAAUUAAAAAAUCAACUACAAGCCAAAAAAGAAUUGGAAAAAGAUCAACUAUUUAAGAUCUCAAAUUUAAAACAUCAAAUUAAAAAAUUUGAUUUAGAAAAAAAAAUCCACCAUGAUCAACUAUCAAUUCAAUCAAAGAAACAAGAAAUCGUUGAUCAAAUAAAUAAAGGUGAGCAUGUUAAAUUAAUUAAUGCUAUAGAUGACCAAUCAAAUGAAAUUGGGCAAUUAUUUAGUUUAAUAAACCAACAAAAACAAUCAAUUCACGCCCAUGGUAUAAAACAAGGAAAAUUGGUCGAAGAAAGAGACUCACUUAAGGUUAAAUUAGAGGAUGAAAUUAGAAAGUCUAAUGAACUUCAGGAGAAAAUAUUAGAAAAAGAGAGAAUUAUCCAAAUGGUCGAAAAAAAGAUUGAAGUAGAGCAACAGGUUUUACUCCAGCUCUCAAUUGAAAAUAAUGAAGAAUUGGAAAAAUUAAAUUUUAAAGAGGGUCAAUUAGAAGAAAAUAAUAUGAACAUUAGAGAACAGGAUCCAUUCGAUAGAGAGCCAAUAGAUAUGGAUGCAAAUAGCGAAAUUUCAGAUAUUGAUUCAAAUUCAAAUUGA